CUCCACACACGUCCGAUGGCAUCGACAUAAUUUUCUCCCGUUAUUUUUUUUGUAUUUUGUGAAAAUGGUGAAAAUAUACAUGUAACAAUAGCCAAUCCACAUUCGCGUUUGUGUUGGUCUAAUGAGUGAUGCGCGUGAAUUGAGAAUCACAGGAUCAUUCUCUGUUCUAUUCUCUUGUCAUCCGAGUUGAGGUUAAAACUGGUGAAAUCAGAACACAAAGAACAUCUCAAACCCCGAUAAAGUCACAUAAUAUCUGAUACAUUAAUUAAUCAACGGUUAAACAAUGGAGUGUGAUCCAUCAAUUCCGGAUUUCACCGAGUGUCUGCGUCAAAUAGUAUCAGGUACGCCCGAUGAAGUGCGUCAAGGAUGGAUUAAUCUACGACAACUUGAUGAGGAAGUACGGGAAGACAUUGAGUUCAGGGAUGUUAUGGGUGCAAUAAAAAGAAUCGUACACAGGAACAUAACAAAUGUCAAUCAAAUACCCCACUUACUCGUGUAUUUUUCAACACGUCUCAAGAUGAAUCCUUUUGAGGGUAACAACAUUGGGCAUAAUUUCUUGUCUACGGGACGAGAAGUUAACAAUUACACACUUUUUCUCAAGAAUACAGCUGGCAAUGACAUAUCACUGCUUGCUGAUAUUGUAAAGGUACUUGACGAGCACUACAUUAUUUAUUUACCGACGCACAUGACUAACUCACAAUUCUGCGAGGCCAUUGUCACAUGUCUCGCCGAAUUUCAAAUGCCCGGACAGUCUGAUAAAAUUGUCAAGUUGAAAAGCAGUUCCUCGAGAAUACAGAAUUACGUUAGAGCAAUUUGCUAUCGUUUUGGUGGCCUUCGGGGGCAAAUUUUAAUAUACAAGUGCCUGGAGACACUUUACAGUAUAAUUCAGGACGUGGAAAGGACCUCGUUACCUGGCGCAGCACUUGUUGAUAUUCUCAAACUGAUUGAAGGACCGGAGCCAAUCCAAAAAGCAGUUCAAUUAAUUAUAUCGAAGACCCAGAACGAUGAUAAUCUCGAGAGAGCCCUGAAGAUACUCUGCACGUGGUUGUCUCAAUGGCUGAAGGACGAUUGUCUUAGUCUUUGGAUAUCAGCUUUUAUACAGGGACUUGAAGAGAAAAAAAAGUACUCUGUGCUGAACAGGGUUGCUGAGGAUUGCCUCAAGAUGACGAUUAAUCGAUUGAAGAUUCCCAUGGCACGCCAGCACAGUAUAGCACUUGUUUUUUGUUUACUACGUAAACAAAGUACUCCAGUAUUGUUUCAUCGUGUCAUCAAGGAUAUAGAAGAAGUUUUGAUGAGAAUAAGUACCGAGCCAUCGGAAAUUGGGAAGAAAACAACCCAGAGUCUUGUUGAUUGUUGCAAAGCACUGAUGAUGCGAUUUCCUUCGUAUUCGAUUUAUGAGACACUUGAAAAGUCAUUGCCAGUUGAGCCACGAAUGGAGGUUGUAAACAAAAUACUCAAUGAGUCACUAUGGGAGGAAGAGACUCGAGAUGACAUACAAAAUCGUUUUUUUAUCAAUAAUGGUAAAGUUGGACUAACGAAUUUGGGAAAUACGUGUUACAUGAAUAGUGUACUUCAGGCACUUGUUAUGACGAGACAAUUUUGCCACGAGGUGAUCAGUUAUAAACCAUCAACGGAUACAAAUGCUAAUCUGAUACUGAGGAAAUUGCAAAAUUUGUUUGCACUAUUGUUGUACUCGAAGAGAAUGUCUUUGUCACCGACUGAUGUUCUUCAGGCCUCCAGGCCGUCAUAUUUCACUCCAGGUCAGCAGCAGGAUAGCUCGGAAUUUUUAUGUCAUCUACUUGACGUCAUCUACGAGCAGGAAAAGUCACAUCCGCUGCAGUCCGAUGACCUGGAGAUGAAGACACUGAAGUCUACGCCUGAGGAACAGGAUGUUGAGGAUAUGAAUGUCGAUUCAGAGGGCUGUGGAAUCACAAGAUGGACCACAGAGGAGGAUUUGACUGAGGGUACGACGUUGAAGAGGAAGACUCAAUCGCUGGCUGAUUUCACUGAUGGUGAUGAUUUAGCCCGCAGCCCUCACCUGAGUGACUCUCACUCAGACUCAACAGACAGUGGAAUUCAAUCAGUAGGCGGUGAAGACUCAUCAACUCCAAACCUAGUACACCGUGUCUUCGGUGGUGAAUCAAAAAUCACUUAUCAGUGCGCCCAGUGCGACACCAGCUCCCACAACACGGAUAAAUUUCGAGAUCUUCAGCUCUGUUUUCCCGAAGGGAUUCCCGAAAAUCAAGAGGUCACUGUACAAGAUCUUAUAAACUACUACUUAAUACCAGAAAAUUUAACCGGCGAUAAUAAGUAUCGUUGCGACAAGUGCAUGAAACUCUGCGAUGCCCAGAGAAUUAUAAAACAUUUACGUGCCCCAGCCCAUCUCAUACUGACCCUAAAACACUUUCAUUACGACACAGAGAGUCGUUUGCGUACUAAACUGAGACAUAAAGUGAGAUACAACGAAAAAAUUCAACUUGAAGUAUCAACACCAAUGGCAAGUCAGACAGAAACUUAUCAAUUGUAUGCUGCUGUUGUACAUUCUGGUUACAGUAUGGACUAUGGUCAUUAUUUCACUUAUGCGCGUGAUUCAAUGCAAAAUUGGUACAAAUUCAAUGACAGCUAUGUUUCUAAAACAACACUGGAUGAGUUCAAGGGUUUAGAACCACCAGACACACCUUACAUACUUUUUUACGAAAAAGUUACAAAGACUGAUGGAAUUUAUGAGGAUGAUAAGCCUGAUUUAGCUAAUUUGAGUAAACAUAUACAGGAUUUAGUGGAGAGAGAUACAAAUUCUUACGAUGAGGAGAUGAAAAAACAAGCAGAAAAGAAGAGAAAUCAACGUGGUCAUCACAUAUCUCUUCUCAGACGUAAUGAUAAUUCUGAUGAUGAAAAUCCACCACCAAGUAGUUGUCGUGGAUCUAUCAAUUUACCGACCAAUCAAUGCUUAUUUUAAUUCACUAAAUUUAGUUGAUUGAAUGUUAUUAACAAUAAUUUAUCUAUUUACAUUCACUCAAUCGUUCAUUGAUUGCAAUUUGUUCAAUAGAUAUGUACGUGCCAGACAUUGAAUUCAAGCAAUUGAAUUGGUCAUUGUCUCAAGAUUUUUAUCAUUUAUUUUUCUACUGGGCAUUGGUAUAGGAACACUUCAUCGAGUUAUUCUCCGGCCAAAUCUUCUCGAGCUUCCGUGAUUUCUUAGCUCAUGGGUUUUCAUGUAUGUGGAGAAGUUUUUUUUUGGACAGCACUUGGAUGGAAUGGAGGACAUUUCAGUUGGAAUUUAUCACUUGGAUGCUUUAAUGUCUGGGGAAUUGGCGAUAGGUGAAUGUGGAAUGAUUGAGUUAAAUAUUGUCACAAUUUAUAAACAUAGAGGAAUUUAUUAGUUCAUCUAAUAAGCUAAAUCAAUUAUUUAUUACUGCUUUGGCCUGGCUACUGCAUUUGGAUUCAGUUUCUUGUCGACGUAUCACAAAUAGUAGUUGCAUUAUCAGGACUCUUCUCCUUCCAGGGGACGGAACGAAAGGAUUUCCUUGAGAUGGGGGGAGGGGGGUUGGAAGUGAUUAGAAGUUCUGAAAGUGCGAAUAUUUCUGAGAAGAGAACAUUGAUCCAAAGGUGACGUCCAGUUGGGAGCCGUAAUAAAUAAUAAUGUUGGCUGGAAAAGCCUCAAAAUCCCACUAAAUAAAUUCGUAAUAGACAUAAUUUAUUUAUUAUAAUUUUUGAAUAAUAUGAGUCUUUGUUAAAGACGUUUAAGCUUAUUAUUUUCAUUUUUCAUGCUUGUCUGGAUAAAUAAUACAAAAAAAAGGAUAAAAUAUUCAAAUGAAAAAAAAUAUGAUUUUUUAAUAUUAACAAUAUGAAGAAUCAAAGUGAACGUGUGCUCUCAAGAGUUAUGAAAAAUGAGGAAUGUUGUCAUAGAUGUACAUAGCUAUUUAAAAUCGUCUAUAAAAAAAGGAAAAGCAUUAGAGAAAGCAAAAGGAGAAAAAAAAACAAAUCAUUGAACGUGUUGGAAAAUCUGUGAUAAAUUUUUACUCGCAUUGCUAAUUAAUUGUGUUUCAUUUCGAUACAGUAUUCAGACAACUGAAUGAAAAUUGAAGAAUGCGGAACAUUGCAAUAAUAGUUGUAUUUUCUCGCCAAUCGAGUUGAUGUGAAGUUUCUGUGUUCCAUUCUUUCUGUUUUAUAACUUAUUCAGUCAGACAUCGUGUAAAUGAAAAAUUUCAAUAAAAAAGGUACCAAUUAAUGAA